UCUAAUUUUUUUUUUCACUCUCUCCACUGGCGCUCGCCCGUUCUUUCUCCUCUCCAGUCUCCACCGCCGCUCCUUCUCUUCUCUCCGCGGCCGCUCCUUCUCUUUACGCUGACCCUCUCUUUCUCUCAGAAGUCACCCACCCUUGCGGCCAUACCUCUAUUUAUUCGCUUCGUCUUCUUCUUCUUCGUCAGAAGUCACCCACCGCCGCUCCUCUCUCUCUCCACCGCCGCUUCUUCUCAUUUCUUCGUCUGAUCGGCCUUCGUGAAGGGGUGUUCUUCUCAUUGCUUUGUCAGAUCGGUCUUCAAAGGCUUGCAUUCGGCAGCUCCGUUUCUGGGGGAGAAAAUGCCGCUAGGAUUGAUAUUAGGUUUGGGAAGGGCGUUUAGGAGAAAGAGAACAUCAUCACUUGACAUUCUCUCUUCAAAGCGGGCUCCAAGGGAUUACUAUAAGGGAAAGAACUGCAAGCCAACAGGGUUCCAUACCCGCAAAGGUGGUUAUGUUGUGGUGAAAGAAAAGCUACCAAAUUAUGUAGUCCCGGACCUGACCGACUUCAAGCUAAAGCCAUACGUGUCACAGUGCCCAAUAGAAGUUAAAACCGCUGAGGCAGGUGGUGCAGCAAAAUAAUCCAAAUAAUCCAAUGUGUUUCUGCUCUUGACUCCCAAUUUUGAUACCUUGAGAAUUUGAAUUUUUUGUCAUAAUAGGAAAAGCAUGAGAAACAUUUAGAAAUUUAACGUCAAUGUAAAAUUUAUGAGUACUGUUUGAUGCAUAUGUUAUUUAGUACUGUUUGAAUUGAAUAAAUAUCAGUGAUUGUUC